AUGCUUUCCGAUGCGACAGCGCGCAAACCGUUUCAGGUCGGUCGCAAUUCAAAAAUUGAGCCAUUCCCCAUGCGAUCAUAAAAUUCCUAUUUUGCAUAUCUUUCAUUAUUCUGGUAACCACGGUUUUCUCAAGUCUCUCACGGGUUCAAAUCUACAUCUUAAUAAUUUUUUUGCUAAAAAUAAAGAUGUUCCAAAAAAAGAAUUCCAAUGUGUCAUGUGAGCAAAAUAUCAAGUUGCGCCAAUUCAUUGCCCCCCACAGGAAAAAAAGGGAACAAAUUGACGCAAAACGUCUACAAUUUCACACGCGUUUCAAAAAAAGAAGCUUUUUCUCGUUUUUUGAAUUCAUUCAUCUGAAUUUAAUAGAUAUUUUCAUCUUUCCUAUGCAAGUUACUGAUGGAAAAACUUUGAUAGCUUGGUUUUCAUUUUUAAAAGGUUUGAAAAAUCAAGCGGCAACUCAAAGAAGAAACCAAGUAAGUGUUCACUCAAGGGGUAACUUCCUAAAUUGCUACAUUUUUGAUUAUCGAUCUCAUAACUUUUUUGGCGACUCUCCAAAAGAAAAGAGCUCAUUUCGAAAAAAACCCCCUAAAGUUGUCUCUUCAACUAGCUUCCCUUGAGUAAUUUUCUACGUUUCCUGAUAUCUAUUAGAGACUUCAAGUGUAGAUCCUUUGCAAAUAAGUCAUUUUAGUGACCACUUGAGUUGCCUCUUCAGGGACCACUUAAGGCUCCUUUCUAAGUUUUUCCUCAAGCUUGGAUAGCUUGUAAAGAAGCCCUCUUUCUGCGGCAUGAACUGUCUUUAAGGGACCACUUGAGUGACUUCUUACAGAUUUCAUUUAAAUGACAACUUGCAGCUCUCUUUUUCCAACUUUUUUUUUGAAGCUCUGCAAAAUUUUCUGCACCUCCCACUCUCCUCGUGAUACUAAGUAAUGAUUCAUUAAAAUCCCAUCUCAAGCAGAAUAUCCCGCUCUUUUUUGUCGUCUAAUUACUCCACUCAGUUGUCACAUGAUUCAUUUCGCAAUGACGCAAAUCGGGGCGAAAAAAUCGUCUCAUGGGCUUUUUUGAGGCGUUUCGAAACGUACUGAAACUCCCAUCGUCAAAUACUUGGGCAAACACGUUUGCUUCAAUAUAUCCCAGUUCAAAUAAGGCCCCGGGCGGUUUGAAAAGUCUCAUUCCAACUGAAAAAAACGGGCUUCGUCGUCGUCAUGUUCGUGGAAGCGGUGAGGAUUUUUUCAAUUUUUGAGGCAUCUUACUGAGGAAUUCCAGAGUGGUCCCUAUAGAGAUAAGGGAGAAAACAACGGAUUUAGGGACCGGAAAAGUGGAGGGAACCCUUCAAGGGGCCCUAAGAUUGCCUCUACUGGGACCACUCUGGAGUUGCCAAGAAAGAAACUUUUCAGAAUUUGGAGCUUCUAGUUGUUCCUGAAAAUGUUAAUAGUGAUUCCUCCAGUGCUCUUGAGCCGAGUGACUGCUAUAGGAGUAGAAUCAGAAGAGCCGAAGUGGUCACUUAAAUGAAGCUUCCCGGCAAAGUUAUUCUUCUUGAAAGAAUCUAGGAAUCAAAAGGGGACAGAAAUAAGAAACUCCGAUUUUUAAGAAAUUUUCUUGUUAGUAAUGAAUACCUAAAGUGAUUACUAGGAUGUUUGGAAUGAGCAUAAGAAUUUUAGAGUGGUCCCUAGAGGGCUUAGGAGGUAAACAACCACUACAGGGGCCGGAAAAAGGGUCCCUUUAGGGAUAAAAUCAAGGUGGUCCUUAUAGGGAUUUAGGGUCUGACCCCUUAGUCUCUAAAGCUUAAGUGGUCUCUAUAGGGGUCUUUCAAUUUUAUUCAAAAAACGCUUAUUUAUUUAGUCUUUCGCAUGGAAAUGCUUGAUCGACUAGCAUGUCCCCUAUAGGGAUCUUUUUUAGAAGCUUCAGUGGCCCCUAUAGGGGUUGGUAAAGUGGUCCCUAGAUCCCUGAGGUUACCUCUAUAGGGAACAAUCUGGAUAUCCUAAGUUCAAAAACUUUUAAGUUAUAGGAUUAUUUUGAAGCUAAAACCCAUUUCACUCCAAUCUGAUUUUUCUUUUCCAAAAACGAAGCUCCUGAAAGUGGUGACCACUAUAAGGACCACUUCACCACAUUUUUAUUCUAUUUCAAGACUUUCAGAACGAAAAACGCUACGACACCCUGCGGCCUUCGACCUCAAGCUUUGAAGCUUCACAAACCGAUCUAGAAUGCCAGGUUGUUUUAUUGAUUUUUUUUUCAAUCAUCUUGAAUCAAAAAUACAGGCGCAAAAGAUCGAGGAGAUCAGAGGCCGAAAAUUCUGUUGCAAAUCGGCUUCGCCGAAAUUCGUGGCCAACAUGAUCGUGGUACUGAUGCUUCAUGAAAUCGUUAUCGGUGGGCUUCUUAUUUAAUUAUUUUACUGUGAAAAUGCUACUAGUUCUAGAACACCUUUUCAUUGACUAUUUGCUCUGCAAGGCUUGAAUUAAAAUUAAAAAAGAAAGUUAAAAAAAAAAUACAGAAAGAAUUGGCAAACUGCGGUCAAAAUUAAAGGCGCUUGGGUCACGCUCCAAGUUAGACAUUACCACGUAACGUUUUUUUUUUGGCGACGGCCCGGCCAUAUUUUUUCCGUAAAGUUUAGCGUGUCGUGUGCAUACACUGCGGCGCUCUGGCACACGCCGCGCUCCUUUUAAUUUUUUUAGUUUAAAAUCAUAUCUGAAUUUAUAAAAUUUAGUUAUAUUUUUAAUUUCUCGAGGCUAUUUUAUAAUUUCGCGGAACUACUUUCGACACGGAAUGUGUUCAAAAAAAAAAAAAAAUCGCGUUUUUUUCGAAAUGAGAAAUAGAUUCGUCUCGGGACCCAUUGAAUGCGCCUUUAAUAUUUCCUGUUUUUACGCGUUUUUCCCAUGACGUCACAUGGGAACGGCGAAGGUUUUGACCACGCCCCCUUAAUUUUCGGUUUUGCAUUUUCUCCCACUGAUAAAAAUGCCGUGGUGAAUCGUCCAAGGUAGUUAUGGAAAAAAAGCUUAAAAAUUGAUUUUACAAGUGCGCUCCAUUGAGAAACGUCUAUAAUUGGCUGGCCACGCCUCUUUUGAAAUCAAUUUUCAUUUUUUUUUUGUUGGAUUUGGCUAUAACGACUUUUUCAAAGAAAACUAAAUAAAUCCAACAUAGUCUCUAAAAAGCCUGGCUAAAAGUGAAGUUAUUAAAAAUUCAAAGGCAAUCGAACCUCAUUUCUCUUACAUCUUCGAACUUAUAAAUCCCCAGAAACACAAAAGGAUGAAAUUACCUAAGAGGAAGGAACGCGCGGGCAAAAGUUCUCAGUUUCUUCCACAUAAUUCAAAAGUUCUAUUGUCUGAGGCUCCUUCUAGGUAUUGUCUAAGGUCAAAAAGUUCCUUUUCAACUGCAUUAUUCAGCUUUUUGCAUACGUAGGCUGAAUUUUUGAUGGAUGCGCUCCUCAGAGAAGAUGGAAAUUAUUGAUGUAAAUUUCAAAUAAACCAAAAACCUUUUAGUAGGAAAUCGAAGGUUCAAAAAUGAAUUUUAACGACAAAAUAUCGAAAUUUGGAAUUUUUUCGCCGAUCGUGAAAGAAUUUUUCUUGAAUACCGGCCGAUUCGACAGCAUUAAAAAAGGAAGCAGCUUCAAAAAAAGCCGCUGAAAGAGUUCCGUUGCGUCAUUUACCAAGCCUCUCAAUUUUUUUUUAGGAUGCAACAAAAAGAGUCAACAUCGGGUGAUAUAAGGGCGCAAAAAGGAUCACAAAAGGUUGAUAGAAGGGCGCAAAAAGGGUCACAACAGGUUGAUAAAAGGACGCAAAAAGGGUCACAACAGGUUGAUAAAAGGGCGCGAAAAUGGUCACACUAGGUUGAUAAAAGGGCGCAAAAAGGGUCACAAUAGGUUGAUAUAAGGGCGCAAAAAGGGUCGCACUAGAUUGAUAUAAGGGGCGCAAAAAGGGUCGGAAAAGGUCGAUGAAAGGGCGCAAAAAGGGCCACUAUAUGGUGACAAAAAGUGCGCAAAAAGGGUCAUAAUAGGUUGAUAAAAGGGCGCAAAAAGGGUCGCACUAGAUUGAUAUAAGGGGCGCAAAAAGGGUCGGAAAAGGUCGAUAAAAGGGCGCAAAAAGGGUCGGAAAAGGUCGAUAAAAGGGCGCAAAAAGAAUCGGAAAAGGUCGAUAAAAGGGCGCAAAAAGGGUCACAAAAAGUUGAUAAAAGGACGCUAAAAGGCCGCAAAAUGGAGCCCUUUUCCACCUUAUUAGGAACAGUUCUUGGACACCACAGGUGCUGAUGAGACUGUUCAUUGUUUUUUACUUGUUUCUACAAUUUAAUCGGAUCGGGUCAGCCCGGUGCAACUGAUACAAACCACGGGACUACCCGGGGCUUGGGCAGUUUUGACAGGAACCUUAGUGUAGUGUCCGACUUUGUCAAAAAAAAUUUUAGACUAGAAACGGGCGUUCUGUUAUUAUUCUCAUUGUUAAGGUUCCACAGUUCCUAACCUAAUUUAUUGGCUUUUUCUUGAGUUGGAUCGUAGCGCAGCAGGUUGUGUGUCUGCCUACGGUUCGAAGGGUCACAAGUUCGAUCCCCGCCGCGACCCAACAAAGGGUUCAAGAAAUGUUAUUAACUUUAUUGAUUGGAUUUUUUGAGUUAGAUCGUAGCGCAGCAGGUUGUGUGUCUGCCUACGGUUCAAAGGGUCUCAAGUUCGAUCCCCGCCGCGACCCAACCAAGGGUUCAAGAAAUUUUGUUAUGGCAAGGACGGGAAUUUCACUAGAGCCAGUUCAUUGAUCAACACUGAUAUCAGAAAAUGACCUUUCUUUAUGCGGUUAAAAGAAGAAUAACAGAGAAUUGGUUCAUUUUUUCUUCAAUUUCAAACACCAACCUUUGCAGGCCUGGUCGUGGCCACCCAGUCCGACGACGAAUGGUGGAGAAGCGCCCCAUGGACGGUCAUCCUCGUCUGUCGGCUGCUGCAGCUCCCGGCGGCGGCUUUCGCCCUUUUCGGGGUCUAUCGGAACAGCGCUUCCUACUUGAUUCCCUUCAUGUUGUCCCAGGUUCCUGAACUUCUUUUCUCAAUUUUUUUUUCUAUGUACAGGUAUUUUCAUGAAUUUUUGCAGGUAAAGCCCUUUUGAAAGUACCUAAAACCCUUAACCCAAAAGAUGAAAAACCUUGUCGAAAAAAUCAAAAGUUUGAAAGUAAUUUUUUUUGGAUUUGGAGCCAAAUGGAACUCCCUUACCAGAGAAUGGUCUCCGGUCGCAGUGGGACCCCUGAAUGAGACCAAGUCUUAGAUGUAGUUUUUCACGCUGAUUCCAAAUCUAGGCUCAAAAAAUGCCGAGGAGUGCUGUGAAAAAAGUUCUAUGCUACAGAAGAACGAAAUCUACAGUAACGAGAAUGGGUGAGGCAAAAAACGGUUUUUCAACGAUAACUCCGCUGAAAUUUCGCAGGAAUGUAUUAAUCAGAGUGACCAACAAUAUUGCAAAAAAUAAUCAUCCUACUCGGAGUCAAGGCUGAGACCCCCCGAAACGCCUUUGACGAACUCAUCGACUCCAUGCCACGUCGAUGUCAGGCGGUUCUUGAUGCAAAUGGUCAUGCAACAAAAUAUUAACUCUAUUUUUCAGAUUUUUUUAAUAAAAUGUACUCAUCAUAUAUUUUUCCUUCGCUUGUUUAUUGUUGCACAGCAAUUUUUCGUAUUUCAUGAAUUUUUUUGAAAAAAUUUUUUCUCCGCCUUGACUCCGAGUAGGAUGAUUAUUUUUUUUGCAAUAUUGUUGGUCACUCUGAUUAAAACAUUCCUGCGAAAUUUCAGCUCAAACCAAUCAAUUUCAGCGGGAGUUAUCGUUAAAAAACCGUUUUUUGCCUCACCCAUUCUCGUUACUGUAUAUACCCCCUGAAAAUAAGCUCCGGAGACACUGGAAUUUUCGACAUUUGAGGGUCCGUAACUUUUUUCGCAGAUCUCCUCGGCAAUUUUCAAGACCAGUUUUGGAAUCAGCGUGAAAAACUAGAUCUUGGUCUCAUUGAGCGACCAGAGACCAUUCCCUGGUUAAUAGAAAUUCCAUCAUUCCACUCAAGAAAUCACUCAGAAAACCCCCUUAAGAUCUCACUCGGGAGCUACGCGGACCUUCACUCCUACAUGCACGUCGUCUCACGUCAUCGCGCCACGAAACCAUCCAAUAUUUUCUUCUCUUCGCCUCUUCUUUUCCUUGUUUUACCCAUUUUAAUCUACGCUUUGGCUCUGAUCGCUUUUAUUUACGCCAUGUAUCAGGCGAUCCGAUUUAUCAACAUUAAAAGGAUGGGAAACGAUGUGAAAGUGGUGGUCGAUGAGGUGAACGACGAGUUUUUGUUGUAA